AUGGCGGACGCAGAGCCCAAGAAGAAAACGCCCUGGGAGCGUGUCGGUAGUGCUAAGGGCUCAGCGUCUUCUUCGCCUUCGGCACCCUCCUCUAAGCAUUCGGCGGGCGCUUCAAAAGUGGCGGCACAGGCUUCACGGUUUCUCGCCGACGUGCUCGCAUCUCAGGACGACGUAACUGUCCAUCAGCAGCGUGAUAUCGAUCGAUAUCUGCAGGUUAUCGAGAAACAGCGGAUUCACAGGAUUCAGGAUACGGACAAUCCAGAGACAUUUAUUGGGAGCCCAGAAACAUGGCAGCUCAUCUGUCUCGCAGCCAAAAGAUCCAGCGAUGCAUACAGCCUACCCAACAGCGAGCCGGACUUUGUUUUGAAACCCGGAUUCCCUCUCCUGCGUCAUGGUGCUGUCAAGAGGACGUUGGUGUCCACUCGCCCGCAUACCGAUGGGAAGGUCAUGAUAGUUGCUGUUCGGGGGUCAACAAACAAGAUGAUGGAUUGGUUGGUAAACUGCAAUGCGGAGACGACGAUGGCUCCCGAGGUUGGUUGUCUCCUGGAACCACACGAAUUUCCCAACAUCCCUGCCGAGUGGCACAAGGGCUUCCUCGCCGUCGCGCAGGACAUGAAGGACAGAAUUCUCCGAGCCAUCGACAACGCCCUCCCUGCUACAGCCACGGCAGGGGGAUCAACCGACGCUAUCCACCUCCUCUUCACAGGCCACUCGGCCGGGGGCGCCGUUGCGAAGCUCCUCUAUGCCAUGAGCGCCUCCCAAGACCCUAACAUGUCUCGUGUAAUUGCCAGAUUCCGUAGCAUCCAUUGCAUCGUCUUCGGAGCGCCGCCAGUGGCAACGGUCCCCAUACGCCAACCGGCUAUGCCCUCCUUCCAGUCCGGCCUGUUUCUGAGCUUUGUCAACGAGGGGGAUCCGGUGGCCCUCAUCCAGCCGGAAUAUUUUAAGUCUCUCAUCAUCUUCCUCACGCACAAUGCAUCCGAGGUUGAAAAGAAGUAUCCCCCACCGGAUGGGUUUACACUCCCUGAUCCCAUCUUGCGUGUCAGCGGUUCGUGCGUUGUCUUGCGAGACAUUGACUGCGACGACGUCGAGGUGGAAGGGUGGGAUGCUGUUGCGGUUCCGGCUGAGAAGUUGGAAGCUAAGCUGUUUGGGAAUAUCGCGAUGCAUGGGAUGAAGAAUUAUCUAGAGAGAGUGCAGAGCUUGCGUGGAUUGUAG